UGGUCAGAGUCUGAAUCCACGGUUUCUAGUGCAGAAAGCGCCAGAGCUGCGCGGAGAGCUAAGCAGGGCAGACCUGGGGUGUGCCUUUGCUCACCGCGUAGAAACGCCUCCCAAUGCUUUCUCCUUUGGACCCAGACUCCAAUUCGGGAGCAGUCUUGUAGCUGGAUCUUCUAGGAAGAGAAGUUGUAAAGCAGAAAGAAGAAAACACUUCAAUUUGGAACACUCAUUUGCAACUGAAAUGGGGAAUGGACUGUCAGAUCAAACUUCUAUCCUGUCCAGCCUGCCUUCAUUUCAGUCCUUCCACGUUGUUAUUCUGGGUUUGGACUGUGCUGGAAAGACGACUGUAUUAUACAGGCUGCAGUUCAAUGAAUUUGUAAAUACCGUACCUACCAAAGGAUUUAACACUGAAAAAAUUAAGGUAACCUUGGGAAAUUCUAAAACAGUCACUUUUCACUUCUGGGAUGUAGGUGGCCAGGAGAAAUUAAGGCCACUGUGGAAGUCAUAUACCAGAUGCACAGACGGCAUAGUGUUUGUUGUGGACUCCGUGGAUAUUGAAAGGAUGGAAGAAGCCAAAACUGAACUUCACAAAAUCACGAGGAUAUCAGAAAAUCAAGGAGUCCCUGUACUUAUAGUUGCUAACAAACAAGACCUGAGGAACUCAUUGUCUCUCUCAGAAAUUGAGAAAUUGUUAGCGAUGGGUGAACUGAGCUCCUCGACUCCCUGGCAUUUGCAGCCCACCUGUGCGAUCAUAGGGGAUGGGCUAAAGGAAGGACUUGAGAAACUUCAUGAUAUGAUAAUUAAAAGAAGAAAAAUGUUGCGGCAACAGAAAAAGAAAAGAUGAAUGGUUUUGCCUUUCAUAUCGGUGUGGAGUAGGUUUUCUCUGGUCUGACUUUGACAAAUGGAAGCGUGUCUACAGCCUGGUUUGCCUGCCUGCCCUCCUGGAUGCUGUUAAAGCUUUGUUUUGUUGAACAGUCAGAUGCCCAACUCUGUUGCCUUGUGGAAGAUGAGUAAAUGCAGUGCGUCUUAAAAUGGUCUUUUCUCCCUACCCCUCAAAUCUUUUGGUACUACCGUUUUGGGAAGCCGAGCAGGGAUAGUUAAUUGACCAGAAAACAGUUGUGGGAAUUUGACCUGAAGUUAGUGAAAUAAAACUUUGAAGAAUGUC